GCAUGAUAUAAAUCACUAAUUUAUUUUGAAAGAUUUACUUGUUGACAGGCUUUGUUUUUAAGUUGUGCCCGUAUCGAUUCGAGGGUCGAAAUCAAUUUUGCAAAAUUACUUUACAGGAUUAGGCGAAGUAGAAGUUCGAAGGGAAAAAUUCAUGUAAUAUUCACGGCAACCUGCUCUAGAAAAAGGGAUCCCCGGUUGGAGGUUUAUUUAAGAAAAACACAUGAUUCCACAAACACAUGUUGCCUUUAUUUUUAAGUCCGAAAUUGUACGUGUUCAAAACCAGACGAUUUUUUAUGGAGUAUGGAGGCAAAGGAAAUAGUGACGACCCUCCUCGAACACAUAUUCGACGCCGCCUUUGACGCCUGCAAGCCGGUGGCCCCUAAGAAGAUGAUCGUACCAGUAAUUCAGGAUGGAGGGGGCGACAAACACGAGGAUAAAGACAAAUACGCCCAAGAAGAAAAUGAAAACCAAAUGCUGACUUCGUUAUCGACUUCGGACUUUUUCCCAGAGGAAAAUGUUUACACCGAUGCGUCCGAAGAACCGAUCUGUUACAGCGUGCUGUUUGACGACUGUUCCCUGGAGGAUCCGAGCGUCUGCCUCUACAAAUCCGACGAUUCGCUGCAGGAAAUAUCUUCGCCGCAAAUCCAAAGGUCGAGCAAAUUCGCCUUUUUCACGGACAAUAGGGCUGUGGAAAUGCUCGCAGACGACCCGCUGAUUCUGAACCAGGGUGACUUCGAAGUCAGGGAGGAAUUCGACGAUGAUAUUAACGAAGAGACGAGGAGGAGAGUGUACUGGUCCGGUCCUGGCCUUCUUCAAGAAAGACACGUCCGUUCACUUUUCCAGUCCCAGGCGAUUCCAGAGGGUGUAAGACCUACCCUUGCUUACGUCUCUUCAGAAGAAAUGAUGCCAGUAGAACACCCGACGACGAAGGCCGUCCUCAUGACCCCACCGCCGGCCAGAGGUAUUUCCUACCAAGCGAGAAAGUCCGAUUCAAAGAAAAUCAAGAAGCCUCUGGCCAAACGAUUUUUCUUCAGCAUCCUCAAAGCCGUCGGUAUUAAAAACAAUAAAGUAUCAGAAUGACA